UAUGUGGGAGGGAGGCCCACAGCACUGUGAGAAGCCUAGCCUUUUCCCACACCCUCAUUUGCCAGGUUCAAUCUCCUCCUCCUCCUCGGUAACUCUUUGCUUUCCUGAGGACAGUAGGGUGCUUUGUCAAGAGGUCCUAUGGGGCCACGGCUGGGGGUGUCCUUGCAGAGGGGCCAGGUCUCUGGCCUGGAAAGGGAAGUAAUGUUUUCCAUAGGACCCCUGGGGCAGAGCCAGUGAGGCAGAAGAAAAGGCAUAAGGUUGGCAUCAGACACUUCCUGGCUGUUCCUGGCAUGCAGCCUGAUGCUGGCCUGACUGCCAGCUUUGGUCUGGGCUGGUAUAGGUGACAAGUAUUUGGCCACUCACACUGAGCUGGCUGGACGCAAUGCAUCAGGGUGAGAGGGGUCCCUUAGGGGCCUCAAGCUGGAGGACUGAGGGUCUUAACCCAGUCACCUCUCCAUGGCAAGCAGUUUUGGUUAGCCACCAGGGCUGGGUAGGUUUGGGCUACUCUCUCCUUACCAGGCACCAACCUGGUCAACCCUAUGUCUCCUAGGCCCUCCCUCCCUCUAGCAUCUGUUAUUGGAGGGCUGGUGUCCUUAGCUGGGUUGGGGGAGGGCCAGAGGCUGGCUGCUGGUUAAAUUUAGUGAGUGGGAUGGUAUAGCUGCUGAAGGUCCACCUGCUACUGCAGCUGCCACUUGGGCCCUGCUGCCAGGGAGCGGGCAGUGGCUAGCUCUGCCUGAGGCCAGGUCCAUAAUGACCUGUGCUCUGGCCUGUGAGCUGAAGGUCACUGUGGCAGCAGAGACAAGAGGUCUAAGAGUCAUGGCCCUGAAAGCAGGUGACAAGAGCCAAGCAGCAAGGAAUGGGCUGAAGGAGAAGGUGCUGACGCUAGACACCAUGAACCCGUGUGUUCGGAGAGUGGAAUAUGCAGUUCGAGGCCCCAUAGUGCUUCGAGCAUUGGAGCUGGAGCAGGAGUUACGACAGGGUGUGAAAAAACCCUUUACUGAGGUCAUCCGUGCUAACAUCGGGGAUGCACAGGCCAUGGGGCAGAGGCCCAUCACCUUCUUGCGCCAGGUCCUGGCCCUCUGCGUCUACCCGGAUCUCCUGAGCAGUCCUGAUUUCCCAGAGGAUGCUAAGAGAAGGGCCCAGCGUAUACUGCAGGCAUGUGGGGGCCACAGUCUGGGGGCCUACAGCAUCAGCUCUGGCAUCCAGCUGAUCCGCGAGGAUGUGGCACACUACAUUGAGAGGCGCGACGGAGGCAUUCCAGCAGACCCCAACAACAUCUUCCUGUCCACGGGGGCCAGCAGUGCCAUUGUGACUGUGCUGAAGCUGCUGGUGGCUGGCGAGGGCCGCACGCGCACCGGAGUGCUCAUCCCAAUCCCCCAGUACCCGCUCUACUCAGCCACGCUCGCCGAGCUGAAUGCUGUGCAGGUGGACUACUACCUGGAUGAAGAGCACGCCUGGGCACUGGAUGUGGCUGAACUGCGGCGGGCUCUGCACCAGGCACGUGACCACUGCCGCCCUCGGGUGCUGUGCAUCAUCAAUCCAGGCAAUCCCACAGGGCAGGUGCAGACCCGGGAGUGCAUUGAGGCUGUGAUCCGCUUCGCCUUUGAAGAAGGGCUCUUCCUGAUGGCUGAUGAGGUCUACCAAGACAACGUGUACGCAGAGGGCUCUCACUUUCAUUCAUUUAAGAAGGUGCUCACGGAGAUGGGUUCGCCAUAUGCGGAGCAGCAGGAGCUCGCUUCUUUCCACUCAGUCUCCAAGGGCUACAUGGGCGAGUGUGGGUUCCGUGGUGGCUACGUAGAGGUGGUAAACAUGGAUGCUGAGGUGCAGCGGCAGAUGCUAAAACUGAUGAGUGUGCGGCUGUGCCCUCCAGUACCAGGCCAGGCCCUGGUGGACAUGGUGGUCAGCCCACCUGCGCCCUCCGACCCCUCUUUCGCGCAGUUUCAGGCGGAGAGGCAGGAAGUGCUAGCUGAGCUGGCUGCCAAGGCCAAGCUCACUGAGCAGGUCUUCAACCAGGCCCCAGGGAUCCGCUGCAACCCAGUCCAGGGCGCUAUGUACUCCUUCCCGCGCGUGCAGCUGCCUCCGCGGGCAGUGCUGCGUGCUCAGGAGCUCGGUCUGGCCCCGGAUAUGUUCUUCUGCAUGUGCCUUUUGGAGGAGACCGGCAUCUGUGUGGUGCCUGGGAGUGGCUUUGGACAACGGGAAGGCACCUACCACUUCCGAAUGACCAUUCUGCCCCCGAUGGAGAAGCUGCGGGUACUAUUGGAGAAGCUGAGCCAUUUCCAUGCCAAGUUCACUCUGGAAUACUCCUAAGGCAGCUCUUGGAGCCAGGCUGGGCCACUGCAGACUGACUAAGCCCAGGGACCUAGAGGUCUCUGGAGCCCUUGGGACUUACUGCUGCUACUACAAGGGGCUGGACACUUGCUUCUGCAGUUCCCAAAUAAAGCUGGGUGCCAGUCUGUUCCUGGA